ACUAAUCCUAACCAAAAACACAAAAAGCAGCACAUAAACAUGAAGUUUCCCUCUCAAGAGCUUCUUUUUCAAUUGCCUGCUGCUAUCAUUCUUUGGUGUCUUUCCAUAGCUAUCAUCUCUCCAAAAUAUGGUUGUGUUGUGAGCCUACCAAAUAAUGAAACUGUCCCAGCAGUCAUUGUGUUUGGGGACUCCAUAGUUGAUUCGGGUAACAACAACUAUAUCACCACCAUAGUCAAGUGCAAUUUCCAACCUUAUGGUGAAGAGUUUGGUGGAGGAAAUCAACCUACUGGAAGGUUCAGCAAUGGUUUAGUCCCAUCAGACAUUAUUGCUACAAAAUUUGGAGUCAAGAAGCUUUUGCCACCUUACCUUGAUCCAAAUCUGCGACUCCAAGAUCUCCUCACAGGUGUAAACUUUGCCUCUGGUGGUGCUGGAUAUGAUCCUCUAACUUCAGAAUUAGCAUCUGUGAUAUCAUUAUCAGAUCAAUUGGAGAUGUUCAGGGAGUACAAACAGAAGAUAAAGGAAGCAGUUGGAGAGAACAGAACAGCAACAAUAAUAUCAAAGAGCAUAUACAUAAUGUGCAUGGGAAGUAAUGACAUUGCCAACACUUACACGCAAACACCAAUUAGGCGAGCACAUUAUGACAUUCCAUCAUACACAGACUUAAUGGCUUCACAAGCCUCAAAUUUCUUGCAGGAGCUUUAUGGAUUAGGAGCUAGAAGGAUAGGAGUAAUUGGUAUGCCAGCUAUAGGGUGUGUGCCCUAUCAUAGAACAAUUGGUGGAGGCAUACACAGAGCAUGUUCAGGUUCUGAAAACCAAGCAGCAAUCCUCUUCAACACCAAGCUCUUGUCUCAAAUUGAUGCCCUUCAAAAGAAGUUUCCAGAGUCUAGGCUUGUCUACCUUGAUAUUUACAAUCCAUUACUCUAUGUUAUUCAAAACCGUGCUAAAUAUGGUUUUGAAGUAAUAGACAAAGGAUGCUGUGGCACAGGAAAUAUUGAAGUAGGCAUAUUGUGCAACCAUCACAAAAAGACAUGUUCAAACUCCUCAAGCUAUUUAUUCUGGGAUAGUUACCAUCCUACGGAAGAGGCCUACAAUGUGCUUUGCUCUAUAGCAUUUGACAACAAAAUCAAGGACUUCUUCUGAGAGCAAUUUCACUCUCAUCAAUUUGCUACUUUCUUAAUCCUUACGAUUAGUUCCAAGUGUACGUUUAUCUUCUUUUGUUCACCUACGUUCCUACCUAAUAAUUUUCAUUAGGUCCAAGUUAUGUACAAGUGGAGGCAAUUGAUGUUACAUAUGUAUCUAAAGGCCGGGCACCAUCACCACAGGCUGUGAAUUAGUUAUAAGGAUGAGUGUGUCGUGGAUAAAUAAACUACUACACAGUAUCAAUCACAUUUAGACAUUCAUUUUAGUGACGGUUUUUUACCCCAUAAAAUGAAAAGAAUAAAAAAAAAGUAACUUUGCACCUGAGGCAUCUAAAUGUGUCGAUAUUGUGAAAUAGUCUACGUACUUUAUUUUUUAUUUUUUUAGUUCUUAUAAGAAUAUUUGUACUGUGGAAAAUAUUUUCC